UGUUGUGUGAUAGCAGGGAGCCUCAGCCCAGGGACCAUGCUAUGAACCCCGGGCGGUGUUGUGUGACUCAGGGAUCACGCUAUAAACCCCAGGGCGCGGUUGUGUGACUCAGGGACCACGCUAUAAACACCGCGACGGUGUUGUAUGACUCAGGGACAACGAUGAACCUCGGAGCGGUGUUGUGUGUUUAUUAGUAACGUUGUUAGAGGAACCGCGGUGGACAUGCCCCUUCCUCACGGCACCUCCCGUCCUCCGUUCGCUCGCGUCAUCUCUAGGUCUCCGCUAGGUAACGGCUUCUGCUCUGUCUGUGGAGACAUGAAUGUUAACAUGUCAAGCCAUUAUCCCGUUAACGUGUGAUGAAAUGUUUUUUUAAUCGAUAGUGGACAGGUGAUUGUUUCGUCAGGUCUUGAAUGUAGUUGUUACAAUGAGGUUUGACCAGCGUUUCGUUAGCUGAACGGAUAGCUCUCCGGCUAACAAUAGUCCUAGCACGCUAUCUCUAACGCUACAUAGCCAACGUUAGCCUGUCAGACCAUCAACAAAUAUUCUGAGCAUAUGAGGGCUGCCUGGCUAAUUAGAAAGCUGACCCUUAUUUGGCACAUAAAACAGCCUAAAUCAAGAUUAGGCACGCAUAAAACGAUGCAUAGGGAGUAGCAAUUAGGUUAGCCUGCAGGAGUUUGUCAAGGAGGGACGAGAACAUGAAGAGCUCAGUGAGUGUUUGCACUACCCCGUUGAAUGGACGCCAUGACCGGGACUCCAGACGCAAUAGGAAGGUUGCGGACAUCACAAAUGCCCUGAGUGUUAGUCCGGUGGAUGUAGCAGCCCUGAGGCGGAUGGCCAUCAGCGAGGGGGGACUACUAACAGAUGAGAUACGCUGUCAAGUAUGGCCUCGGCUUCUCAACGUCCCCUCACACGUUCUUGAACAGGAACCAGAGCGAGAAAACAACAAGGACUAUAACCAGGUUCUGCUAGAUGUCCAACGCUCACUACGGCGAUUCCCACCUGGUAUGCCGGAUGAACAGAGGGAGGGUCUUCAGGAGGAGCUCACUGACAUUAUCCUCAGGGUUCUGAAAAAUAACCCCCAACUGCACUACUACCAGGGUUACCAUGACAUUGUCGUCACUUUCCUAUUGGUCCUCGGCGAGCGGCUAGCAACUGCUCUGGUGGAGAAGCUCUCCACGCAUCACCUCAGGGACUUCAUGGACCCAACUAUGGACAACACCAAACACAUUCUGAACUAUUUGAUGCCCAUCAUUGAGAGGGUCAACCCUGAGGUGCAUGACUUCAUGCAACAGGCGGAGGUGGGCACCAUAUUUGCCCUCAGUUGGCUGAUCACCUGGUUCGGUCACGUUCUGUCAGACUUCCGCCAUGUGGUCCGGUUGUAUGAUUUCUUCUUGGCCUGCCAUCCACUGAUGCCUAUCUACUUUGCUGCUGUGAUUGUGCUGUACAGAGAAGAGGAGGUUCUGGAGUGCGAGUGUGACAUGGCCAUGGUCCACCACCUUCUGUCCCAGAUACCCCAGGACCUCCCGUACGAGACGCUCAUCAGCCGUGCUGGGGACCUCUUUGUUCAGUUCCCACCCUCGGAGCUGGCCAGAGAGGCCGCCACCCAGGAGAGCACAGCCGCCUCUACCUUCACAGACUUUGGUCUGGCGUCCACUCAGCAGCGGCCCGACUCCGUGCUCCGUCGCCGCCGUCGGCAGAAACAAGCGGCGCUGGAGAGCUCCGGGGCGGCGGGGCCCAGCGCCGUGGCAGUGGCGGGGCCCUCUGUGGCACGGCGCUUCGUGCGGCUGGCUGUCAUGGGCUUGACGGUGGCUCUGGGCGCGGCGGCCUUCGCGGUGGUGAACACAGCCCUGGAGUGGGCUCCCAAACUGGACCUGUUCCCUUGAGGGACCUUGCUCUCCCUAUGUCCACAACCUUGCUUGAUGAGCGGCCUCUUUAUAGGCCGUUCACAAAUUGACACUUUGAUCGGCUCAGACUGCUGGCUCAGUGUCUGCCAACAUAGAGCUCUUGGGGUCUCUCUACCUGUGUGGACAUCUUCACCAGAAGAGUCCUGUCUCUCUAGGAUCACGUUUUGACACAAGAUUUAGUUAUUCGGGGUUUGGACAGAGGCUAGCUACUACUGUAUUGAAGAGACACACAUUCAGAAACAAUAGAAUCUUUAUUUAUUUUCUAAUUUAAUAUAUAUUUGUAAAUAAUUGAUUUGAGGUUGUGCCCGGAGAACUAUGGUGAGCCAGAGAGGGAGAUAUGCUUGAUUGUCACUUUAUUUCUCGUUGCUGUCAAUAUAGACUACUGACUAGGCCUACAUGAUGAUUAUUGGGGGGAGUUUGACUGAGACCAAAUUGAUGUAAAGAAAAAAAAUAUAUAUAGAAAUCUUCCUUAAUGUUUUCUUAAUUACACACUGAUUAGUAUAGUAUGUAUUUUGCUCUUUGGGGGUAAAGCAGAAUCUGCAUAGGCUGCCAUUAUCUCAUUGUAGCGCUAAAAGCUAUCCAUUAUGACCUCCAGACUUUGGCAGGGUUGUUAUUUGACUAUUUAGAUUGAAAGGCACUUGCCACCAAAUUUCAGCCAAAGCAUUUUAACAUUACACCUCACUUUUUAGUCAAACAUUUCAUCAACCUGUCUGUUGGUUUUAUUUUUGCAAAUACACAUUGUAUAGUACAUUCUCAUGUUUAGUAUUGCUUCAUAUUAUGUAAUAGUUGCCAAGAUGCUCCAGAAAAACACAGAAAAAUAUGCAGAAAAAACAGACACUGUAAUCUGACCUGAUUUAUGGUAGUUGUAAAACCUCCGUAUUAGGAUAAAAUCUUUGCAAAUUUUGUACAGAAUGUAUAUUGAAGUCGGUUGGAAAACCACUUCCAUCUGACAAAUUUAAAUUGUCUUGUUUAAGCUGUGCUCAUGCAAUUGAGGCCAUCCUUUGCUUUUAACACCUUAUUGGAAAGUAUACCGGUAUUUAAGAUAUCACUUAUGUUCAUACUCUUGAAGACACUACACUCCACAUAUUUAGAAUUGCUGAAUGUAUUCCGCUCAAAUGUAAUAUGACCAACAUUUGUAAUCGAUAAACCAAUCAUGGCUGUUCGACAACUAAUUAGACUAUAGUUAAUAAAGUAAUUUGGGGUUUUAAAAUAUAAUUAUGUGCUACAUCAUAACUGUCCAUUUUUCUUAUUAUAGGCAGUCUGUGUGAGGUUGGUUAUUUUGGAUAUUUACUGAAAUGAAGAUGACCUGGAACACUUGAAGAUGGCUGCCUCAAAGUCAUCUAGUAGUGCUUUAUUAUAACUUCUAAAACAUCCACAUUUGAUUUAAAAUUUCUUCAAUCCAAAAGUUAUUAAUUUGCCUUUUUUGUAUACAUUUUGAUAUAAAUCAGUCAACUCACUCAUUAAAAAUUGUGCAAUAAAUUGUAAUAAACUGCAUUAUGCAUUGCUAACUGA